AGCACAUUUAAUGACAUUCAGUCUAAAUAAGACACCACUUAAAACUAAUGAGUUUCUUUAAUUUUACCAAAUAAAAAAAAAAACUCUGGAAUACAAUCAAGAGGAAGAUGGAUGAUCACAAGCCAUCAAACCAAGCUGAACUGCUUGAAUUUUUGCACCAGGAGUAAAGCAACAUAAAGUUAUCCAAAAGCAGUGUGUAAGACUGGUGGAGGAGAACAUGAUGCCAAGAUGCAUGAAAACAUGUUGCUGUUGAAAGAGAACAGGAGCUCCAAUCAGAAGAAAUGGAUCCAAACAGACCCCCUGUACCUCCCGGGGCAGCCCGAAUGCCCUGGCUCCCUCCGGCUGCAGGUCGUGGGUUUAUGAUUGAUCCACCUCCGUUAGGUCGAGCCCGAGGUUUGGCCCUGGCAGCAGCAGAGCCGGAAACAGGGAGAGGAAGAGGAAGAGCUUCUGCUGCAGCUUCUGAACCUCCAGUGUCUCCGUUUGGGAGAGGGAUUUCACUCCCAGUUCCUGAGGCUCAGGUUGGCAUUGCGAGGGGCAUGCUGCCUCCAGUAGAGGAGAAGGGUCUCGGGAGAGCCAGAGGGUCUCUCUCUACUUCUCUUGAACCUCAGGUCGGAAUGGGUAGAGGGGCGUCUUUGUUUAUGGAGCCUUUGGCAGAGCCGGUUCCUCCAGUUAAAAGUCAGAUGCUGCAGUUACCUGAAGCCGUAUCUGGUCUUCAGGAAGAAAGAGUGGAAGAGAAGAAGACGCCUGAGAAGUUUGAGGUUGGCAUUGCGAGGGGCAUGCUGCCUCCAGUGGAGCAGAAGGGUCUCGGGAGAGCCAGAGGGUCUCUCUUUACUUCUCUUGAACCUCAGGUCGGAAUGGGUAGAGGGGCGUCUCUGUUUAUGGAGCCUUUGGCAGAGCCGGUUCCUCCAGUUAAAAGUCAGAUGCUGCAGUUACCUGAAGCCGUACCUGGUUUUGUGGAAGAGAAGAAGACUCCUGAGAAAACUGAGGUUGAUAUCCCAGAUCCAGGAUCAUCUCUGGUGUCCAUGAUCAGAGAGUUGGGCAUUGAGCCGAGCAAAUCGUGGGGCAGAGGAGCGGCUCCUAUGGGACGAGGUUCAGUAGGUGGAUUGGCAGCAGCCCACCAGUCCCUCGUAUCCUCUGUUGGAUUUUCAUCAGUUGGUGCAGAAGAACCCUUCCCUGAAGGGAUGACACUACGUGGCACCAGUUUUGUAGGCCGUGGGAUGGUUGGUGCUGGACGAGCGCCGGUCAGCCCUGUUGGAUUUAGCAGAGGCCCCAUCGCCUCACCUGAGCUUCCCCCUGGACCAAUUACUCCACCUCCAGUCUCAGUUGCCCUUGCUGGCCCACCUCCAGUCCCUGUGGAGACAACGGUGGCCCCUGUGAAGGUGGAGGCAGCAAGAGAACCGCUGAAGAAGGCAGGAACGAAAGGAAACUCCAUCACCAUCGGCUCCAACUACAUCCCAAUUCGCUGCAAAAAUGAAGCCGUGUUUCAGUAUCACGUCACUUUCACUCCCAAUGUGGAGGCGCUCAGCAUGCGCUUCGGGAUGAUGAAGGACCAUCGCUCAACUACGGGAGAAGUGGUUGCCUUUGACGGCUCCAUCCUUUACCUGCCUAAAAGACUAGACGAGGUUGUUCACCUGAAAGCAGAAAGAAAGACAGAUAAUCAAGAAAUCGACAUAAAAAUCCAGAUGACGAAGGUUCUGCCCCCUCACUGUGACCUGUGUAUUCCGUUCUACAAUGUGGUUCUGCGCAGAGUGAUGAAGAUUGUGGGCCUCAAGCUGGUUGGCCGAGAUCAUUACGACCCAAGCAACGCCAUCGUUCUCGGCAAACACAGGCUGCAGGUGUGGCCAGGUUACUCCACCUGUAUAAAGGAAACUGAUGGUGGGCUGUACCUGGGAGUGGAUGUGUCCCACAAGGUGCUCCGGAAUGACUCUGUUUUGAACAUUAUGGGUGUGAUCUACCAGCAGAGUCCGGAGCACUUUCAGGACGAGUGCACCAAGGAGUUCGUUGGUGCGAUUGUGAUAACCCGUUACAACAACCGCACCUAUCGCAUCGACGACAUCAAGUGGUCCAAAUCCCCCAAAGACUCCUUCACCCUGGCUGACGGCUCAGAGACCACCUUCAUCGAUUACUACAGGAAGAACUACGGCAUCACAGUAAAGGAAAUUGACCAGCCCCUGCUGGUGCAUCGGCCGAAGGAGAGGUCAAAACCUGGAGGAAAGCAGAUAAUUACAGGUGAGAUUCUGCUGCUGCCUGAGCUUUCCUUCAUGACCGGCAUCCCAGAGAAAAUGCGGAAAGACUUCAGAGCGAUGAAGGAUCUGACGGUGCACAUUAACGUGAGUGCAGAGCAGCACACGCACUCCAUAAAGCAGCUCCUACAAAACAUCAACAGCAACCCCGAGGCUCUCAACGAACUCCAGCGCUGGGGACUCGAGAUCAGCCCUGAGAUACUGAUGACUCAGGGCAGAACCCUGCCUAUGGAGACGAUUUGUCUUCAGUCGGCGUCCUUCGUCUCGUCCUCAUCUGCCGACUGGUCUAGAGAGGUGGUCAGAGACGCGUCCAUAAGCUCUAUUCCUCUUUACUGCUGGGCAGUGUUUUACCCGCGCAGAGCUGCAGAACAGGCGGAGGAACUGGUGACCAUGUUUGGGAAGGUGGCCGGACCGAUUGGAAUCAAACUAGAACGUCCCAUUCGCGUGGAGCUUCGGGACGACCGUACGGAGACAUACGUCAAGAGCAUCCAAUCCCAGCUCACCAGCGAGCCCAAUGUGCAGCUGGUGGUGUGCAUUAUUACCGGGAAUAGGGACGACCUCUACAGCGCCAUUAAGAAGCUCUGCUGCGUCCAGAGUCCCUGUCCCUCACAGGCCAUUAAUGUACGGACCAUCUCCCAGCCACAGAAGCUCCGCAGCAUUGCCCAGAAAAUCCUCCUGCAGAUGAACUGCAAGCUGGGAGGAGAGCUGUGGACCGUCAGCGUUCCUCUAAAACACCUCAUGGUGAUCGGUGUGGACGUCCAUCACGACGUCAGCAAGAAGAAAAGAUCAGUGAUGGGAUUCGUGGCCAGUCUGAACAGCCUGCUGACGAGGUGGUACUCCAGAGUCACGUUCCAGAUGCCCAACGAGGAGAUCAUUAACGGCUUCAGAGUGUGUCUCCUGGCUGCCCUGCAGAAAUAUUACGAGAUGAACCACAGCUUCCCAGAGAAGAUCGUGAUCUACCGUGACGGAGUGUCGGACGGGCAGCUGAAAACGGUGGAACAGUACGAGAUUCCUCAGAUCCUGAAAUGCUUCGAGACGUUUCCGAACUAUGAGCCGAAGCUGACGUUCAUUGUGGUGCAGAAGAGAAUCAGUACGACGCUGUACUCGUACGGAGGGGAGCGCUUCGGGACUCCUCCCCCGGGAACGGUGCUCGACCACACGGUCACAAACAAAGACUGGGUGGAUUUCUUCCUCAUGGCUCACUCCAUUCGACAAGGCUGUGGCCUUCCCACCCACUACAUAUCAGUCUACAACACCGCUAACCUCACUCCGGACCACCUGCAGAGGUUGACCUUCAAAAUGUGCCACCUGUACUGGAACUGGCCUGGAACUAUCCGGGUCCCAGCACCGUGCAAAUACGCCCACAAACUGGCCUUCCUCUCGGGCCAGUACCUCCACUCGGAACCCGCCAUCCAGUUGGCCGACAAACUCUACUUCUUGUAGACGAGAUAUUAGGAAAGUUGUUAAAAAAGAAAAGCACUUUAGUUAUUUAUGUUCUUAUGCUCUUGUUACGUUCUUAAAUCACUGAAGAUCCCUUCAGAGGAACCAGUUACGCUUUUAAAAUAAUAGUUUGAUCUCGGAAUAAUAGAAUGUAUAACGUCGGCUGUGAUAAAGAGGGCCAGAGCUUUUUUUUUUUUUUUUUUUUUUUUUUUUUUUAGUUCAGUUUUAGUUUUAAAGUGAAAAAAGAAUUCCCAAUAUGCAGGUUUUUGUAUGCGUUUGUUCAUAUCACUUUUUAAAAAAAAUCAUAAUUUGUUUCGUUUUUUUUUUUUUUUUGGGUUACUGUAGCUGAGGAAGAGGAGUCAAACGUUGUUCCUGUGCUGAUUUGCUGUAUCAGUGUUUAUUUGUAAUGUUGUUAUAUAAAUAAUAAAUCCACACUUUUAAAGAUUGUGGACAUAUCUGCU